AUGAAUAGCAAAAUCGUCUAUAUCGUAUCCGCAGUGUCAAUCAUGACGACGGCCUUGGCCGCUAGUUUACCUGGAAGUAAUGUUUGCACUCAGGGCCCUUCAUAUUGGUGCGCAUCGGAAGCAAAUGCAGCUGAAUGUAACUUUGAAGAUCCUGGAGUGAAUUGCUUGAAGUAUUGCGAAGAUACUGACAACAGCCCAUACUGUACCGACGACAUGCUCGAACCACAGCCGGAAGAGUCUCCACUCAUUGGGGCAGAUCCAUGUACUUGGGGACCCAGCUACUGGUGUAGCAGUGAAGAGAACGCAAGUGAGUGUGGUUUUAAUAAUCCCGAGUCGGAGUGCCAGAAAUAUUGCGCCGACCUGGACGAUUCUCCCUUCUGUCCACCAAUGGAUGGAUCUGAUCCAUGUACUUGGGGACCUAGCUACUGGUGUGCCAGUGCAGAUAAUGCCGAGGAGUGUAAGCUGGAAAAUCCCGAAACUGAGUGUCAAAAGUACUGUGACGAUCUGGGACCCAGCUACUGGUGUACAAGCGAUGCGAAGGCCGAAGAGUGUCAGCUUGAGAACCUUGACAUAGAGUGUCAAAAGUACUGUGACGACCUGGGACCCAGCUACUGGUGUGCAAGCGAAGCGAAUGCUGAACAGUGUCAAUUUGAGAACCCUGACAUAGAGUGUCAAAAGCACUGUGGCGAUCUGGAGGAUUCGCCUUUCUGCGAUGCACCACUGGAGGCUAUGUUUAAUAGCAAUCACAAACUUAGUAGAGAGAGUGGUUGCAUGAAACAAGAUACAUCUCUUCAACUACAAACGAUGCUCUACUUGAACCAGAACUUUACGAAAUGCCUGUCUCUUGGUAAACGUCUGGGAUACACUCAAAUAUCACUCACGCUACAACAUCGGGUAAUGGCUGGUAUUGCUUCCUCUGCCACUGGCAGACAAAAACAGCGUGUGGGAUGGCAGAAGAUAGACUUGUCCAGUCAGGAAUACUGGAACAACUACUACGACACUAGUAAGGAGGAUAACAUUGACUCAACAACGCGAAGUGAUUCGGAUCCGGUUGUGUCGUCCAGGACAACGGAAUGGUUUUGCACGUCGGAGGAAGUGGCCCGUGCAGUGGUUCCGCGGGUCCGGUCAAUUGUUGAGGAUUGUGAGGGUGAAGCAAAUAUAUUGGAAUUGGGCUGUGGCGUAUCAAAUCUGUCGAUUCUGGUACAGAAAGAAUUCCCGCUAGCAAGGAUGAUUGCUGUAGACUCCAGCCAGAUUGCGAUCAACACCAUGCAAGAACGAGUGCGCCUUACUGCGGAUAAAUCACCAACUUUCAAGGUCGCGGAUAUUCUGAAUAUGCAGGGGACUAUUGCAGACAACUCUGUAGAUGUGCUGCUGGAUAAGGGCACCAUGGACGCUCUAGUGCACGGAGAUCGGUUCCACAAAGAAGAACAAAUCGACAGUCUACAUAACACGGGAGAGCACAUGAAAGAUGGAGACACAUCUUCACAUACACAGUCACAGAUCCAGACUCAGACUCAGACUCAGACUCGCACAUUAGCCACCCACUCACACGCGCCUAUAGAAGCACAGGCACGCACCCACUCCGCUCUAGAAACACACACACACACACACACAAGUCUCGGACCAAGGGGAGCAGCGACUCUGUGUGGGCAGUUGGUGAGUGAGAUAGUGCGGGUGCUGUGUGCCGGUGGCGUGUAUGUGCAGAUCUCUGACGAGGCACCGGAGAUGCGCUGCGACUUCCUGACCGACCACUUCUCCCAAUUCUGGGAUAGACGAGGAGUGCUGGUGAACUUCUCUGAACUUGAGCUAGAGGGAGGGUUCACGCGGUAUCUAUACACUGUGAAGCUGUAUGAAGAUAGGUAAUCAGGGUUUGUACUUAGUUGGCUUAAACGGAUAUGGCGGUCACCACCUUUGUAGGAUGAAAGGUCUCGAAUAAGGGGUGCAUGUAUCAUUGUCAAUAAAAUUGGAUAAC